UGAGGUUUCGACGUUACACGACUGCGACUGCACAGACAUUCCCGUCAACUAUCGCCAUGUCAUGCACCACGACUGCUUCGUUGGUGGACACCAAUGAUGGCAGUGACUGUAGGUCUAAGGUGCUGUUCGUAAAGUUACUAAAUUCAGUCACUCCCGCACUCUUACUUCUCCCCGGCAUCCCCGCGCUGCAGACACAGUGUUACAGGAAACCAAUCUUGCGGCCAGGCACACCUCGCUCCGGACUCCGCUUCCCCCAAACCUCAACUCCGCCGUUUGUUGAGACAAUAAUAAGAGUGAACUCAACUCUGUCACGGCUCCAGGUUGAAGACGAUCGAUGCUGUUGCUCGUCUGACGCUCAUAUCCUUUAUCGUGAGCCGCUGCUGUUUCCAACUGACCAUUAUCAUACAGCCUCUAAAGCUUUGUGGAAUCAUCUAUUGUUUUAUGGUACAAUCUGUCCAGCAUGAGUCCCACGGUCAUCCACUCCACUCGUCUUUUCGACGGCUAUACCACUCAUGACAAUGCAACGGUUGUUUUAGAUCAGAACACCGGAACAAUCACGUCUGUGUCGACAGACUCCACCCAAAACCACUUUCCAUCCGGUGCCACCGUUAUUGACGGCAGUGGACACACCCUCCUACCUGGACUCAUCGAGGCUCACUGUCAUGUCUAUAACCUUCACUUGCCACCGGGCGCAGACGAGUCUGAUAUUCUACAAUCACCUCUGAGAUGCGGGAUUACCACUGUGUGCGAUAUGCACUCCGAUCUUGGGUCCGUCAAUAAUUGGAGGAAGAAGAUUGCAGAGGAGCUGGAAAAGGCCAAAAGUGGUGGCGGGACGGUAGCCCUGUCUGAUCUGAAGACUUCUCUUCUGGGGGCUACCAUCGAAGGCGGGUGGCCCAAACCGAUUGUCCUGGCCCACGAUCCUUCCGAAGAGCUCAGAGCUUCGGUCGCCCGUUGGCCUAACGUGACAGUCGAGAAUGCGCCCGGCUUUGUCGAAGAACACAAGACCAAUGGAGCAGACUAUAUCAAACUGAUGCAGGAAAACUGCUGCUCGCUCGCCUUGCCCACCGGAAGCGUUCCAGUUGCCACACUCGAGCUCCAAACGGCCGUUGUCAAGGCCGCGCAUGCCGCUGGGCUGCCUGUGGUGGGCCACGCCUUGAGCGUCGAUAUGACCGAGAUUGUCUUGAAAUCGGGUGCUGACGGACUGACACAUACUUUUGUCGACCAGCCUCCUCCGCAGAACAUUAUCGACCUAUACAAGCAGACGGGGGCAUUUGUGAUUCCGACACUGACGGUUUUGGCUAGUUUGACCGGGGAGCUGCAGGAUGUGAGAGAGAAGUUUGCCGAGAUUGCCAGGCGCAAGAAGGUUGUGAAUGACUUUACGCUGCAGAACAUGGUCAAGUUUGAAGGCAUGAAAGAUCCCUCGGCCAAGUUCGACUAUGCCGUGCAAUCGGUGAAGCAACUCAGACGGGCGGGAAUCGAUGUUGUGGCGGGCACAGAUGCAGUCGCGGGUCUGAGAGGCACCGCCAUCGGCCCAAGUCUGUGGAUGGAGCUGGAGUUGUACACUGAGCGAUGUGGCAUGAGUGUUCCAGAGGCAUUGCGUUCGGCAACGGCGGUAACUGCAAAGCGAUUUGGAUUCCAUGAUCGUGGAGUCGUUGCCGAAGGUAAGCGAGCCGACCUGGUCCUUGUCAAAGGCAAUGUCACGGAGAGACUGCAAGAUCUAUGGGAGGGCGAGGGCAUUGUCGGCGUGUGGAAGCAAGGGUUUAAAGCUGCUUAGAUGCGCUUGGUUCUGGCUCAGACAGUCCAUAUCAUGGUUCCCACGCCUGUGUCUCGUAGAUUCGCGAGAGCAUGGCAGAUGAACUACUUGAUACGGCCUAUAAUACUAUUUCGGCAUAUGCUCAAACAACCAGAAAUAAAAGUAAAAUUAAGUUCCAGUCCGA